CCUCUCAUUUCAAGAAAACAAAAGCGUGUCAGAUAAGACUCGAGUCGGAGGUCCCAAAAAAAAAAAAAAAAAAAAAAAGAACAAAUCAAUCGCCGAUUGUGUUUGUUUGGAUCGCCGUCUUCUUCUUCUUCCCAACUCUCCGAGUUGAAAGUUCGUUGUUGUUCUGCGCCAAUUCUGUGCCGUUCCUUAAUUAUUGCUUUUUUUUUUAUAACUCUCGGUUGUGUUGUGAUUUUGAGUGCGAUAAUAAUUGCGUUCUCUGUUAGGUUUUGGUAGGUGAAGAUAAUCGUUUCAAUUCUUGCAUUUUUACGUUUUCUGAUGUGUUCUUUGUGAAUUCUUAAUGCAAUUUUGAAUGUUACUACCUUUGUUUGUUGUGGUUAUGUAAUUAAUUAACUCUUUUGUUUGCUCUGCAUCAUGUUAUGCUCUGGAGUUAAGCCAUUUUCUACUAUGGUUUAGUGGAAUUCUCACAAGACCUUGGCUUUCAGGCAAUGAAUUGUUGUGUUUGUUAGUGAUCUGUGGUUUCUUUCUAUAGGUUGUAAUCUUGUAACGCUUGAAAAUUGAAAUAGGCAGUCACCUUUAAAAAUUGAUCUAUGGUCUCUAGUUUCUUAUAUAAGGCAGUUUAUGUCUUUGAAGUAAUAAGAUAGUUGGAGUGCUUUUUCCCAAUUACAUUGAUAGCUAGGAAUAAUCUAUAUGGAUAUGUGAGAGCGAAAGUUUUUAGGAGAGUUAUGAAUGACAUUUUCAGUUUAGAUAUCACGCUAGGAAAAUGCAGGAGACUAACACUGCAGGAAAAUGCGAUUUGCAUACGAAGUGGACCAUCCAGUUGCAGAAAGCUAACACUCCAAGGAAACUACCCUUUUUUUUUCAAAGGGAAGAGUGGCCAAACAAGUACCGUCUUUUGCUGCCUUACCCGUGUCUAUUUUUCUAUGCUACCUUUCAGCGUCCACUAUGGACAAACAGUUUGUAGCCGGUUUUGAUGUCGUUAAAGCUUCAUAUGGAUGUGAUUUCCCUUUUGCAAUUCAUAGAAACUAUCCAUUUGUUUCUUUGCCCAAUUAUGGAUGAUGAAAAGACUGGCUUGAUGCUACACCCAUUGUUUGACAUAACAUAUUAUUAUUGUCUAUUAUCAGUGCCAAUCUUCCCUUCUUUCUUCUUCCAGUCUUCAUUUUGUCUUCUACCAGCCCUGCUGCACUCCUAAUAUGGAUAAGGAGGAUGAGGAUUUUGUUCUUGAAUAUGGAUAGCCUUGUCCAUGGAGUAAUGUAAAUGUUCUUUUUGGCAGUGAAAAGGAAAAAUCACUGUCAAGUGACCUAGUUAACGAAGAAAAGUGUUCUAAUUUGACCAAAAUGAAUCUACAAGGUGCAGAUGGUAUGAAAUUUUUAAUUAUUUGCUUUUGGUAAGUUUCAGUUCAUGGAAGAGUCAAUGGAACUUCAUUUUAAGGUUGGAGUGUCUAUUGGUUGGCUCCAGUGUAGUUGGAUUUGGUUCUGGGAGUUCUUCAAGGAAUCAAGUGAUCAUUCCACGCUAUUGGUUUCUAUUUACUGCUGGAGAUUGUCAAGUACCCCAGUGCUACCUUGUAGUAAUAUGUGGAAUUCUUGUAUAUUCGCUUGUUUUGAUGUGUUCCCCUCUUGAAGUAAUGCUGAUUGGAGCUGCAUAAUUCCUUUUUGUUGCUUCUGAUUUCAAUUGGUCUGCGGCAGUAUGGAAGAAAGCAACAAUGCAUUCGGUGUUUACCGCUUGUUUUAGGAUUAUUUCUAAAUGUGUUCCUACAUGCAGGUCUGUAAGCUCACUGCCAGAUUCUAGAUAUUUGGUAAUCUUAUCUGAGGAUAACUAGUAUCAUAGGAGAGGUGGCAGUAAUGCACUCUGAGCCUCUGCAUUUUGAGUGCAAUGACAUGAUUACUGAGAAAAAUGCAUAUCCUCCAGAAUCAAAUGCAGAGCGCUUGCCUGGAGAAGAAUCAGGUCAAUCAAUAGAUCACAAAAAUGCCAAUGAAUUGCUAGAGAAAGGAUAUAUGGACUAUGGAUGUCAACACUACCGGAGAAGAUGUCGUAUCAGGGCCCCCUGUUGCAAUGAGAUUUUUGAUUGCCGCCACUGUCACAAUGAGGCGAAAAAUGAUAUCGACAUUGAUCAGAAGCAUAGACAUGACAUUCCACGACACCAAGUCAAGCAGGUGAUAUGUUCACUUUGUGGGACGGAACAAGAGGUUCAGCAAAAUUGUAUUAAUUGUGGUGUUUGUAUGGGCAAGUACUUCUGUGGGACAUGCAAGCUCUUUGAUGAUGAUAUAUCUAAGCAGCAGUACCAUUGCAGUGGCUGUGGAAUUUGCAGAACUGGAGGACGUGAGAAUUUCUUCCAUUGCUACAAGUGUCGUUGCUGCUACUCAACUCUGCUGAACAACAAUCAUCCUUGUGUGGAAGGAGCAAUGCAUCAUGAUUGCCCUGUUUGUUUUGAGUAUUUGUUUGAAUCAAGAAAUGAGGUCACUGUUAUGCCGUGUGGACAUACAAUUCAUAAGAGCUGCCUGAACGAAAUGAGAGAACAUUUCCAGUAUGCAUGCCCGCUCUGCUCCAAGUCAAUAUGUGACAUGUCAAAGGUUUGGGAGAAAUUUGACGUGGAGAUUGCUGCUACACCAAUGCCUGAGCCAUAUCGAGAUAAAAUGGUUUGGAUCCUUUGCAAUGAUUGUGGCAAAACUUCUCACGUUCAGUUCCAUUUUGUGGCUCGAAAAUGCCUGAAUUGCAAAUCCUACAAUACACGACAGACCAGAGGCUGAGAGAGUGACAAUGAUUCUUUAUUGUUUUCAUUAAAUCCUGUAUUUGAUUUCACUUGAUAUUAUUGUUAAGCCAGUGGUAGUCCAUGUGUGUCCUUAAUGGUACAAGGAUGUUUGGGAAUAUUAUAUCGAUUGCAGGCUGAGAUGCAUUCAAGGGGAUAGAAACUGGUUUUUGGUAUUGGUUUGGUAGCGGGGAGUAACGUUGGGACCACUAGUUAUAAUCGCCUCGAGUGUUUUAAGUUUUCGCGUGUUGCAAAUUCGCUUUGUUAGAUGAUAUUUUUGUGGUUUAUUAAUUAUUGAUUACCUCUCACAUACUUGUGCAGUU